AUGUUCUGCUGGUUACUGGCCUCUGUCUUCCUUGUCACUUCAAAAGGACAAUGUAUACUAAAUUCACAAGAUACCGGUGCAUAUGUAUUUAGAUGUAAUCCAUCAGUGUAUAAAGCUCUAGUAAUACAUAUAGACUUCUAUGAAAUCAACAAUCCAUGUACCUGCACUGUGACCCCAAAAUUUACUGGGAACCUCUUUGUGUUGUCGAAGAAAUCAACUGCAGAGAAAUGCAAUACACAAGUCAAAAUUAACGAUGACUUUAUGUUCAACUGCACAGCCUCGGCAGGAUCUAACCAUACGUUACACGUCCAAAGGAAUCAGAUAGUGCAUGUACAAGCAGAAUACAUAAAACCUUCCAAACAGGGAAUGUUUCAUCAGUGUCUUCAGAUUCGUCAGUACGGUGGCACCGAUGGAGAUUUGAGUGUUAGAUGCACAGCAUUAACAGCAUCAACAGCGAGAUCAACAACAACAACAAAAACUUUAAAAACAACAGCAACGACAUCAACAACAACAAAAAAUUUAAAAUCAAUACUGACAACAACAACCCCGUCAAUCCACUCAAGGUCAACCUCUUUCGUUGAGCCAUCGACAGAAGCCACUGUUACAAAUAAUAUGAAUACAGAUGUCAUCACAAAUUCAAAGGAAACGGCUAGUGUCAGUUUUAGUUCUCCGACCAUGAAAACAACACCAGAUGAUUCACAAAAAAUGAUAUAUAUCAUCGCCGGUUUUGCGCUUAGGGUUGUUUUAAUACUUAUUGGACUAAUAACUUGUGUCUUAGCCCUGACGAAAAGAGGAAAAAUUGAAAGAACGAAAGAUAUAUCUACGGAAGAGGACAGUGUACCUACAAAUAAAAAUGCUGAUUCAAGCAAUGCCUUAAGAGGAAACCCCCUUUACGUCUCUUCUGACGAGGUCGAAGAUAUUACGUGCACAGAAGAGGAAGAAGAAGACAAACAGCAAGGUGAUGGUUAUUCAUCCGUAGCAGAUCUGGAAAGUAACCGAGAUCAUGACGACGGACCUUCUAUUAAUCAACCUGUAGAUUCAGUACCUGUCUUUCCAGAUCUAAAUAAUAGCAAUAUAGGUCACUCUAGACGAGAUGUCUAUGCGCAGGUGUAUAAACAAAACAAAAGUUAUGCAACUGUCCAUGACAGUGUGCAAACACAAAACCAAAAAAGCUUCUUUUACAUUGGUGUUGAAUAAGAGCUGACUGAUGAAAAAUUAAAAAAAAAGGAAGAUGACAUGCUUUUUAAUAUCAGUCUUCAAUUUUCUGUUAAACAUUUUAGGUACAUUAUUCCUAGUGUUGUUUUACAUACAUGCAAACAAGGAACGUUGAAGGAAGAAUUGGGGGAUAUGUGUGAAAAGGGGUGGAAAUAUUUUACUUGAUUUAAAUAAAAAAAAAAUUAUCAUUAAAAUACCUCUAAACUUG